UCAACAGGACCUUCACACGUGAUCUUGAGGUUUGACGGACAAAAAGGAAACUAGUGAAACAUUAUAGAAUUUCUAUUAACUUUGGAAUAUAGAACAGUUGUUGUUGAAGCUGAGGAAACCGGUUUUUCUUUAUGAGGACACUGCCUCAUCGAUGCCUUUUGGAGAAACAAACACGCUGUGAAGUAGUGCAAUGAGGUUCUGUUUUGCUUUUUGUCCGAAGAUGAAGUCCCGGUCAUCGUGAAAAAUCUUGGCGCAGUCUUGGGAUCUAAGUCAAACUCUCUUGGAAAAUCCCACUUACUUUGGGGGUUAUCACUCCUCAAGUUCAGAGCGCUGUGUCGAAUAUUAAAUCCACAUGAAUUAGCUACAUUUCUGUCUACUAUUACUCUUCAUCAUGAAUCCAAGUAUGUUGAGGCUCCUUUUCACUGUUGCCAUCGCUGUCAACAAAAUAAAAGCAUUGGACGUCUCGGUAAAAGGAGAUGGCUGCUCUACAUUCGACAGAUGCACAAUUAAAGAUAUUUUCCGUACUUGCAGCUGUGAUACCGAUUGCCACGAGUAUGGAACAUGCUGCGUAGAUGCAGAGAGCUUCCCCUUAAUGUCUGCGAAUGAAAUGAAAUAUUUCUGCAGUUCUGAACAAGUUACCACACCCGUGUUUUCAAAACGAUCGUGCUCCAAGGAUUUCAAAGGCCAUGUGGAAACCAUCGGUGCCUGUUCAGACCAAGAUCGCGAUCCAGGUGACAUGAUGGGGAAUUUGUUAAUAACAAGUUCUAAGACGAAGAUUACGUAUGCCAACAAAAAUUGCGCAAUUUGCAAUAACGAAAUGGAUGAAAAUUUGCAUUAUUGGACCAUAGAAGUAUCAUGCCCAGCUAGAUUUCGAGAACUUUCUUUUAACCAAAAGUACAUUAGAAAUUUUCUGACUUUAAACGAGAGUCUAGGGAAAUGGGGGUUAAAAGUUAAUGAUUCAUUUGUGUCGUGUUCAUUUUUGUUUUAUCAACCUAACGACGUGUAUGGUAAACUUAAAUAUUGUGCUCCAAAUAUGAUUUCUCAGUGCCCAAGAAAUUACACAGAUAAUGCUGUGUCGAAGAUGUGUGGAUACUACUACGGAGAAAGGAAAGAAAAGAAUUCGAAUGUGUAUUACAAGAACGCUCAUUGUGCUUUGUGUAACGGAGUUAGUUUGAAGGAAGUAGAUUGUGUUGGGCGUACGUAUGCACCUGUUGAAUCAGAUGAAAACCCUGAAGCGGUUAAAGUUGUGUUCUCUCGUGGAUUUUGGCUUGAAAGAGAAGGGAAAGAAAAGUUUAAAUGCAGUGAAAAUUUCUCUUAUGACCCUUUUCAAAAAAGAUGUCGAAGAUUUCUAGAAGAACAAACAGAAGCCAAACUUGUAAACUCUGCUGCGUUGCGUUUUAUUCACCUGGCAUUGUUUAUUGCGUCCGUCCUUAUUCAUUUUUGAUGCCAAACAAUAACUGCCAUGAAUAUUCUGUGAGUUUUUAUAUGUUUAAGGUUACUCAACACCUUGUAUGUCACAGUAGAAGUACAAAUCGAUUUCUGUAAAUACCUCUGUUUUUUAUGGAACGAAAAUCAGAAUUACAAAAUCGCAGAGGAUACAGGAAUCGCAGAGGAUACAUUUUUGUAAUGUUUUAUGUUUUGUAUUGAGUGAAAAAUCUUUUACUACAGCGCGAGUGUGACUACAGCGAGAGUUUAGACUUACGUCAUUCUGGCUCUGAGAUCCAACACUCUUCCUGUGGGUUCUCUAAUUAGAAAUAGUAGCAGUUUUACCAUACAAGAAGAUACAUCGUAAACCGAGUCAAGCAGAAUUUAAUCCUAACUGGUCAAUCAACACAGCAGAAACUUAUUCAAACAUUUUAACCGUAAAUGAGCUAUUUCGAAUAUUUUAUCUGAAGUAUAUUAUAAACAUUUUUUAUCUUUAGCUAAAACGUAUUAGAAAAAAAUUUUCCUUUGCCGCUUAUUUGGAUUGCAGAAUAGAGAAACAGUUUCUUUUUUACUGAAAAUUGAAAGUCUUCUGAUUUAUCUUUUUCUGAACGUAGAUCAGCGUAAUGAAAAUAAACUUAGGUAGUAUGACUUGAGAUCAAAAUUGUGAAAUAUGUAAAUGUUUGAAAUAAUAGUCGCAAUAUCGAUAACUUUUUGAUCCAACCAAAGUGGUGGGGAUCAACUGUUUAAUCGGGAAUUUUGUAAAUUGGAAAUUCACCAAAUU